GUCUAUGCCGCGGCUAGAGAGGAGAAAUCAGAAAUCGCAUAAAAAUGUGUAGUGUGUACAGUAUGUACGUCACUGUUGUUUAAUUUUGAAUUUUCAUGGAAAACAGCUAAAGUACUAUUAAUAAUAGAAAUUUGAAACUUAACUCCUGAUCCCACAUAAAAAAUGUCGGGUACACGCUUUCAAUAUGAUGAGAGUGGUUCUACUUUCUUUUAUUUUCUGCUGUCAUUUGAAGCUUUAGUGGUGAUACCAUGCACAUACUACUUCUAUCCAAGGUCUUCUACUCGAACUGAAAAAAGAGAGAAAACUUUAUGUAACUGUGACCAUUGCCGCAUUAAAGCUUGCCGUUUGCGCCUGAAGGAGCCAUGGAGGAAAGCGAAAGAAAGAUUGAUAAAGUUGCUGCUUUUUAUUGGUUGGGUUGCUCUUGCCCUUACAGCAUAUAAAGUCACUCAUUUGCAGCAUGAUUAUGUUGCAUAUGAUCCAUUUGAAAUUUUGGAAAUAGAGGCUGAUGCUUCAGUAGCUGAAAUUAAAAAAGCUUAUAGACGUCUUAGUUUAAUUCACCAUCCUGAUAUGGAGACAGGUGAUGAAAAGAAAUUUAUGAUGAUUGCAAAAGCUUAUGCUGCUUUAACAGAUGAAGAAGCAAGGAAAAACUGGCAAGUUUAUGGCAAUCCAGAUGGUCCUCAAGCUAUGUCCUUUGGCAUUGCCCUUCCUUCAUGGAUUGUUGAGAAAAAUAAUUCUGUUUUUGUACUUGGUUUAUAUGCUCUAGUCUUCAUGGUAGCUCUUCCAGUGACAGUAGGAAUUUGGUGGCAUCGCAGUGUUCAGUAUGGAGGUGAACAAGUGCUGCUUGCCACUACCCAAUUAUAUUUAAGCUUUAUUUAUAAAACACCACACAUGAUUUUUAAACGUGUGAUCAUGAUUCUAGCAGCAUCUGUAGAGUUUCGCAGACAAUACAAUAGUGAAAUAAUUGAAAGACCUUCCGAUAAUGUGGAAGUUCCUCUGCUGAUCAAAGAACUUCCUAACCUGGGAGAGAAAAAUAAGGAGCGUCCACUUUGUUUUAGUUACAGUAUAAAGGCCCGUGCCUUGCUUCAUGCUCAUCUUCACAGGAUGAAACUACCCAGUAGUAACCUUGAAGAAGAUCAAAUGUACAUUGUAAAGAAAUGUCCUACUUUGAUAUCAGAAUUUGUUCAGUGUGCUUCACAAAUGACAAUGCUUGCUUUAGCUGGAAGAAUUUCUAGAAUUCCUAAUCUUGAUACCAUAGAAAAUGCAAUGAAAUUAUCUGCAUGUAUUGUUCAAGCUUUAUGGGAUAACAAAUCACCUCUGUUGCAAUUGCCACAUAUUAAUGAAGACAUGUUGCGACAUUUUUGUACCAGAAAGAGAAACAUCAGAAGCAUAAGACAAUUAGCGUGUAUGAAAGAGGAUGAUAGAAAAAAUAUGUUACGAAAUUUAACGGCUGAUGAAUAUUCUAAUAUUAUGAAUGUCAUUGGCAGAAUGCCUAUAAUUGAUGUUAAUGUUAAAAUUGAAGUUGAAGAUGAUGAAGAUAACUCUACAAUCACUGCUGGAGCAUUUGUAACUGUAACUGCAAAUCUGAUGAGAAGCAACAUGUCUACUUUAUUUGACACAUUAAAUGAUGAAUCAGCAGAAUUUGUAGAAGAAAAAGAUGAAGCUCCUGGUGUCACCGAAGAAGUGCAGAAGCCAAAGUCUAAAACAUCAGAUAAAUACAAGAAGAAAAAAGGAAAAGGAAGUAGUAAACUAAAAAAGAAAACUUUUACUUCUAAAGCUGCAGCUGCGGUGAAAAAAAGUGAACAUGAAAAUCACUUGAAAAAUGGCAUUUUACAUCGGUCAAAAGUAGAUGAAGAAAAAGCUUCAGAUGACAGUGCUGCUGAAAGCAAUGAUGAUGAAAGUGGUUCUAAUAGUGGGCAUUCUGGGUCUGAAGAUAGAGAUCAUGACUCCAGAAAAGAUAAUAAACAUGAGAAAGAAGAAGAUGAAGAAUGGGAGAAGUUUCAAGCAAAAGUCAGCAAAAGAGAUAAAAUAUUAGAAGGAAAAUCUAGAAAAUCUCAUCCAGUGCAUUGCCCAUUCUUCCCAGAUGAAAAAGAGGAGUUCUGGUUUGUAUAUUUGUGUGACAGAAAACGACAUUCUUUGAUCACAGCUCCAUAUUUGGUUACUAAUUUGGUGUCAAAGGAAGAGGUUGAACUAAAAUUUACUGCUCCUGAAAAACCUGGCAUUUAUACCUAUUCAUUAAUGGUGCGUAGUGAUUCAUAUUUGGAUUGUGAUGUUGUAAAAACGAUUAAGCUUGAUGUGAAAGAAGCUAAAGAAGUAGACUUGUCAAAGUUACAAUGGGAUGUAUCUGAAGAGGAAGAAGAAAAGGAUGAAGAAGAAAGUGCUGUGGAAGACUCUGAUCUAGCAACAGAUGAUGAAAUUGAUGAUGAUUAAAGUGAUAUCUGUCAUAGUGUAUAUUUAAAAAAAAAAAUGACAAUACUUUUCAAAUCAAUAUUUAUUGAGCGCUGGAAGCUUUCCUUUCAUGGAGGUCUAUAAUUUAUACCACUUAUAAGCUUGGAACUUGCAGGCAGACCAAGCACUCAAUGACUGGAAAGAAAGUAAUUAAGUUGGGUCCUUUUUCUAAAGAUCAUAUUGUAUACACUUUCUAUAGCUUAAGUUCUUGAUUGUAAAAACUAUUUUUACUAGCCUACUGAAUUUAUAAUCAAAUGUCUUUAUUUCUACAUUUCUAUUGUGUAUAUAUACAUAUAUAGUAAAUUGACCGUAAACUUCUACUGUACAAUAUAAACACUUUUUUACAGCAAGUUGAAUCAAUUUUUUAUCCCAUCAAAUAAAUUGACAUGUUUUUGUAUUGUAUAUACUGACAGAUAAAUAGUGUCAAAUUAAUUUCGAAUACAAAAGUAAUAUUGUGUAAUUUUUUCUAAGAUUUAUUUCUACUAAAUAUCUUCUAGAUCGUGUACACCAACGAGCCUCAUUUGUGAAAGGUAAUUUACAAAGUGAAAUGUGGCAUACAUUUUUCUUUGCAUUUUUAAUUUUUUUUAAAUAUAUAUACUUUAAUUGCAAAAGGGUGGAAUAAUAAACUGAUAACUUUUUUUAUAUUUAGUCACUUUGUUUUAUUUUUCUAUCACCAUAACUAUGUUGUUUGAGUGUUCUCUGCUAUUAAUAAAAAUUUCAAAGCUAAAUUUUUAUCUAUUUCAAUUUUUGCAUAUUUUCAGCAAAAAUUUGUAUGUUAAAUGUACAAAUGUGACUUAUUUUUCUAUGCAUUGAAUUUAUUUUUAUUUGAAAAGUACAUUAAAUCUCUUAGCAAUGGCUUGUAAGGUUUAUUUCCAAAUUGAAUAUUUUAUGAAAUAUGUACCAUGUAAAAGCAUUAAAAAUAUAAAAUUUAGGAAGCAUGUUCAUAGAAAAAAAAUAUAAUAAACAAUGAACAAUAUUUAGCUAAUUUUGUAUUCUGUGAAAGUGUAUUAAUGAAAUGGCUUCAUAAAAAAUUUGUGUGCUGCCACCACUCAGUACGCACAAAAUUGCUGUAUCCAAAAUACAAUUUUGAUGUUUUUGCUUCCUCUAAUGCAAAUAUCUCGUUUGCUAAUUAUUUAUGUGAGUCUCGAUUACCAGAAGGUGCAAUUGCUAUUUGUUCUAAUUUUGGCUAUGUGUGAUAUAUGCUUUCAAGCAUGUUGAAUACUCCAGUUCUACUCUGAGAGGAUUUUUCAAUGUUGUUUGUAUCUAUUAAUUGUUGUAUGGGUUUGCAUUAAAAUUUUAAUUAUCAAAUAGUGCUAGGAAAUAAUUUAUUUAUCACUACUUUCUUCAAACGAAAGUUCUAAAAAAUUUGCACAUAUAAAAUUAUUUUUUUUUAAAAAUUCAGUUCAUAAGGAUUUCACAAAUACUUGCCUGUGUAUUGUCACUGUAUGCAUGUGUAUAUGUAUGUAAUAUUUUCUUGCAGUAUAUAUGUAUGUAUGUAAUAAAUUAUUUCUGAAUUUUCAUGUGUAGAUAUUGUUUAUUUUAAAAAAGUGUAUUGCAGUUGACAGUUUUACACAUUUUCAGAUGUUAAUGCAUUCUAUAAAUAUAAAUCAUAGCACUUUUAAUUCUCUUUCAAUUAUUCUGUACAAUAAAUUGGGGAGGGGCGAUCAUAAAAAGUUUAUUUAAAGAGAGAGGGGAAAUAAAAUUAAUGUUAUUCAGACAAAAAAGUUCAUCAAAAGAUCUGUUUGAUGCAUUUAAUUUUAAUGAUUUCAAAACAGUUAUUGGUUUUAUUUUGUAAUAAAAAAAAUGAGUAUUUAAAAUUUCAUUUGAAUCAUAAUCUAUCUAUAAAAAUAAAAUAGCUUUUGAACAAUGAAUUCCUUCAAAUGGUGGUUUGGUUUGUAUUUCAAGUUCUCUGAGUUAUAAGUAUGCAAUGCAGCUAUUGGUAAAUAAUACUUACUAUAGCAAUCUACUCUUCUGCUUUAUGGAGUGAGUAGGCUUUGAAUUAAAAUUUAUUUUUUUACUUAAAGGUAGUAUUAAUUAUUGUAAAUUCAAAUGUUUUAUCCUGAGAAAACUAGUUGAUAUUGUAUCAUUACAAAACAUGUCUUCAUCUCGGAAUAUACUCUCAAACUAUUCUUUUGUUAUUUCUUCUAUCCUUCUGACAUAUUGGUAAAUAAGGAAGUUAAAUCAUAUUUAUUUGCUAUCAAAGACUCUCUAAGAGUUCUAAUUUUUUUUCUCCCAACCUGUUUAUGUUUGCUUUGCAUUUAGUGUUUUAAAACUUAGCCUAUAUUUUCUCUUUUUAUUUUUAAAUAAAAGUGAAACUGUCAGCUGCACAACAUCAGAAAAAAUGUCUACUUAUAAAGUAAUUAAAAUUUUAAAUACAAAGGUGGCAGUAAGUAACAUCUAUGAAGUGCCCUUAUUCUUAAUUAAUUUCCUACUUAGAUAUAUUUUCUCUCAAGAUAAAAUUUAUUGGUGCAGAGCAUUUUAAUUUCUUAAAAAUUAUAUAUGUUGUAUGUAUUUCCUAAAUUCACUCUGGAGAGAAAAAUAAUAAGUUUAAAAAAAGAUAAUUUAUAUCCUGAAAAUUAUAUAUUGAAUGUUUGUGAUGUGAUGGUAUGAAAAUGUGUUUGUAAACUAUGUAUUGGUUGUUAUAGUCGAAUAUGAGUUGUCUUAAAUAAAUAUGAAUUUAAUUUAUUGUUUUUUAGAUAUGUAUAAAUAUAUUGAAGAUAUGACUCAUUUGUUAUAAAAGCAUAUGUUUAUAUAUAUAAAAACUGUUUAACACCACAUUAAGUGUCAAGUGAAUUUUCCUGCAUGGCUUUUUAUUUUUUUUGUAUCCUGUUAUGGAUCCUGGUUGUGGAAAAUUUUAAAGCAUGUAAUGUGAUGAAAGAAAAAAUAAAUUAUUUUAUAGAUA